CGAAACUUUGGCAUCAUUUUGUCUCCACCAAAAAGAAAUCCGCCGAGAAUCCAAAGACCACGUCUAAUGGACUUUUACGGUCUGAGCUUUCCCUCCAAUUAUAAGCUACGCUCCAAUUAAAAACAGUAACAAAGAAGCAAACAAAAGAAAAAGAUGGGGAAUUGCGUGUUCGGAGGAGCAGCCGGCGGAGAUGCGGGGAACGGGGACGUCGUUAGGGUGAUGACAUCCACCAACGGCGUCAUGGAGUUUUACGCGCCAGUCACGGUGGAGUCCAUCGCCGACGAGUUUCCCGGCCACGGCAUCUUCCGGCGACACGACCUGUUCUGGAAUCCAUUGCCGCACCACGAAGUUCUGGCUCCCCGGAAUUCCUAUUACCUCCUCCCGCUCGACAAGACCCACGUAGGGCCGCACCCGAAACAGGAGGAGCUUUCUGUUGCUUCCUACAGAAUGUCGUUCGGCAGGCGCCGGGGGAUACUACUCAAGAACUCCAACUCCGGCGGCGCGUCGUCGAUCUCCGGCGGGAAAGGGCGACGGGAGGGCGGAUUGGGGUGCAGUCUAUUUUGGAAAGUGAAGCUAGUGAUCAGCCGCAAACAGUUGUUGGAGAUUCUGUCGCAAGAGUCCGCCACUGAGGAGCUGAUCGAGAGCGUGAGGACGGUCGCUAAAUGCGGGAAGGGCGGCGGUGGGCCUGGAGUUUCUUCCUCCGUGGCGGCGUUCUCCGACCAAUGGAGUCUCUCCAGUAGUAGAAAUGCUUCCUCUAAGAAAGAUUAUUGUUCAUCUUUGCAAGCUAAAACAUAGAUCCAAUAUGUUGUUCCACAAAUGCAAAGUCAGAUUAAGCUUUUGACGCCAUGUUUGAUAACCCAUCCUGUUUCAUUCACAGAGUUUUAUCGCACCCAUACGUCAUAUGCUUUGUUAAAUGUGUAUAGUUGUCAUAUUUCAACAUAACGUCCACCGGCCAUGGGAAGACAGAAAAUGGAAUGUCACACGUUGACGUGGAACAUUUCAACUAAUAAAAAAUAGUCUAGUCAUCAUGUGACAAGAGAGUGGAGUGACAUGCAUUACAGUGGCAAGUCAUUAUCUUUGUCACUUUUUUACAUUUUUAUGUAUUUAAUUAUUAAAUUUUUUUCAUAAAAAUAAUUCUACUUUGUUUAU